GAAAGCCACCCCAGCAAGCAGAGGCAGCAAAAACAAAAACACCCAAGACAAACGAGGAAAGAGGAAGAAAACAAAAAGCUGCCCCUUAUGGAAGAUAUAAAGGAUUCUAAGGUGAAGAGAUUUUGCUCCAAAAACAUCCUGAUCAUCCUCAGUGUUUUCUCUCUCUUGGCCGUGAUAGCUUUGAUUGCUGUGGGAUUGACCCAGAACAAACCGUUGCCAGAAAAUGUUAAGUUUGGGAUUGUGCUGGACGCAGGGUCUUCUCACACCAACUUGUACAUCUACAAGUGGCCAGCCGAGAAGGAGAACGACACAGGCGUGGUGCACCAGCUACAGGAAUGUCAAGUGAAAGGUCCUGGAAUCUCAAAAUAUGCUCAGAAAACAAAUGAAAUAGACACAUACCUGGCCGAAUGCAUGAAAAUGUCCACUGAGUUGAUCCCAGCCUCUAAGCAUCGCGAGACACCUGUUUACCUGGGAGCCACAGCAGGCAUGCGCUUACUUAGAAUGGAAAGUGAGCAAGCAGCAGACAGGGUCCUGGCUGCAGUGUCAAGAAGCCUUAGAAACUACUCCUUUGACUUCCAGGGUGCCAAGAUCAUCACUGGCCAAGAGGAAGGGGCCUAUGGGUGGAUUACUAUCAACUACCUGCUGGGCAAAUUCACUCAGAAACAGAGUUGGCUAAACCUCAUCUCAGCAAACCAGAAAGAGGGAACCUUCGGCGCGUUGGAUCUCGGUGGCGCCUCUACACAAAUCACCUUUGUACCAGUAAACAGCACUAUAGAAGCCCCAGAAAACUCUCUGCAGUUUCGCCUCUACGGCGAGGACUACACUGUGUACACACACAGCUUCCUGUGCUAUGGGAAGGAUCAGGCACUCUGGCAGAAACUAGCCAAGGACGUUCAGGUUUCAAGUGGCGGGACCCUCAGGGAUCCUUGCUUCCACCCGGGAUACGAGAAGAAAGUGAAUGUCAGUGAGCUCUACGGCACCCCCUGCACCAAGAGAUUUGAAAAGAAGCUACCGUUCGAUCAGUUUCAAAUCCAGGGCACUGGAGACUACGAGCAGUGCCGGCAGAGCAUCCUCGAGCUCUUCAACAACAGCUACUGCCCUUACUCCCAGUGUGCCUUCAAUGGCAUCUUCUUGCCACCUCUCCAUGGAAGUUUUGGGGCUUUCUCAGCUUUCUACUUUGUGAUGGAUUUUUUUAAGAAGAUGGAAAAAGACAGUGUCUCCUCUCCGGAAAAGAUGACUGAGACCUUAAAAAGUUUUUGUUCAAAGCCUUGGGAGGAGGUAAAAGCAUCCAAUCCGACAAUAAAGGAGAAGUACCUGAAUGAAUACUGCUUCUCUGGGGCCUACAUCCUCACCCUCCUUCUGCAAGGCUAUAGCUUCACAGGCAGCUCCUGGGACCAGAUUCGUUUUAUGGGCAAGAUCGAGGACAGCAACGCAGGGUGGACUUUGGGCUACAUGCUGAACUUGACCAACAUGAUCCCAGCUGAACAGCCACUAUCCCCGCCUCUUCCUCACUCCACCUACGUCAGCCUCAUGGUCAUCUUCUCCCUGAUCUUGGUCGCUGUAGCCAUCACAUGUCUGCUCAUCUAUAGCAAGCCUUCAUAUUUCUGGAAAGCGUCUGUAUAGCAGGAGCAGCCGGAAUUUGCUAUGUGGAGUGAGAGAGCAACUUGCCCAGGGAGCAUGUUCCUCCCUGCAGGGGACUCCAGAGUCACCGUCCCUGCUUUCCAGGGACAGUCUGGACCAGCACAAAGCUACUGAGGCUUUUGCUGAAGACUUUCUUUGGGAACACUCAACCACCUCCACUGCAAGGACUUCCUGGUGAUGUUCUCUCAACUUUCCCAGCUACCUUCCCUCUCCUUUGUCCUCUGUGCUUCUGAUCAUGACUGUCAUGGUCUGCGCUUCAAAAAAGAACAAUAUCAACUUUGUCUCAAAGAACUAAGAGUCCCAAGUGCCACACUGCCCAAUGUGAGCUGGCUGCCAUAGCUUUGGGAUUCCUCCUCCCCCGUCUCGUGAGAAAGCCAUACAGUGCCUUUGGAGAGAAGAGACACAAACCCAUCCCAAACCUGCCCUUUAGAUAGGAGGAUUUUCUGAAAUAGAUAUAUACAUGCUAAAGCCAAAGAAUGUUGUGCACAGGAGCUGAUGAGUUUGUGCUGUUGUUGUGAUUUACCAUCUGCUGAAGAUAAGAGUGGAAGCAGUGUGUAUUCCUGCACGAUGCCAAGAUGCUCUCAAGAAGAGCACACAGGCCAGAGGUUUUUGAAAAGCAGAUGCACACAUUGGCAUUUGGGGGAUACUGUGUGAUAGUAGUGUGUGUUGCUAGGAAGAAAGCUACAGUGACCACUCAGGACUGGGAAAAUAUACCCUCUAAUGCAUCUUGUA